AUGGCCGACCACCCAAUUGACACCCCGCCUCGGGCUCCCUCUCCUGUUCAAGGCUUUGGCACGCUCGCAGUCCAUGCUGGAUCCCCCCACGAUCCCGUCACAGGCGCCGUCAUUGAGUCCAUCUCCCUCUCGACUACCUUCGCGCAAACAGCCGUCGGCAAGCCCGUUGGCAAGUACGAGUACUCGCGCUCCUCGAACCCCAACCGCGACAAUUUCGAGGUCGCCGUCGCCGCCCUCGAGCACGCCAAGUAUGCCCUAGGAUUCUCCUCCGGCUCAGCUGCUACAGCCGUCAUCUUGCAGAGCCUGGCGGCCGGCAGCCAUGUCAUCAGUGUCAGCGAUGUGUAUGGAGGCACCCACAGAUACUUCACUCAGGUUGCAAAGGCGCAUGGUGUGAAGGUUACCUUUACGCCGGAGAUUGAGGUCGAUAUUAGGGAGCACAUCACGCCGGACACGAAGCUGGUGUGGAUCGAAACGCCCUCGAACCCGACUCUGAGAUUGGUGGAUAUCCGAGCUGUGGCGACCCAGGCACAUAAGAGCGGCGUUAUGGUUGUGGUGGACAACACUUUCAUGAGCCCGUAUGUCCAGAACCCGCUGGAUCACGGAGCGGAUAUUGUCGUGCACUCGGUUACGAAAUACAUCAAUGGCCACUCAGAUGUAGUGAUGGGCGUUGCAGCAUUCAACUCGGAUGCCAUGAAGGAGCGAUUGGGAUUCCUGCAGAACGCUAUUGGAGCUAUCCCUUCGGCGUUCGACUGUUGGUUGGCGCACCGAGGAUUGAAAACUUUGCAUUUGAGAGCUAGAGAGGCAACCGUCAAUGCUACAGCUGUUGCAAAGGCCCUGGAGGGAUCGCCAAAUGUCAUCGCAGUCAACUAUCCUGGUCUGAACUCGCACCCGCACAGAGCCAUCGCAAUCAAGCAGCACCGAGACGGUAUGGGCGGCGGUAUGCUUUCUUUCAGAAUCAAGGGCGGUCAUGCAGCAGCUGAGCGCUUCUGCCAAACGACCAGUAUCUUCACAUUGGCCGAGAGUCUGGGAGGCAUUGAGAGCUUGGUCGAGGUUCCUAGCAGCAUGACUCACGCGGGUAUUCCGAAGGAGCAGCGAGAGGCUGUCGGUGUGUUUGACGAUCUGGUCAGAAUCAGCUGCGGCAUCGAAGACGCCGAGGACCUGAAGCAGGAUGUGCUACAGGCUCUCGAAAAGGCUGUUGUGUGGCCCAAGAUCACGAACGGCUUGAGCGAUCAAGCUGUGAACAGUACCAAUGGUCACUCUUCUUGA